AUGGAUACUUUUAAUUCUAAUUCUAUAAGUGACAGCCAGCUUGAAUCUGACGUUCAAAAGCUGAAUGAAGCUAAACAAAUGAGGAAACAAGUGGAAGAGGAUGCAAGACUUCUUGCAAAUAGAAUCGCUCUAUUAAAAGCUGAAGAAGCUAAAGCUCAACGACACAUUGAAGAAACUCGUAAAAGGGCUAAAGAUAUCAUAAACAGCCGCAUAAGAAACCAAGAGUUCCAAAAAAAGAAAGAAGAAGAGCAACGAGCGAAGUCAAUGGAAACCAAGCAAAGAGCAAUCGAAAACUAUAAAAGGAAACAAAAUAUACUGAUUAAUAAAAAUCCACUAUUUUAUAAAUAUCUAUAUAUUAAUAAACGCAUUUAAAUAAAAUGGCAUAUUCUAAAAGCUCAACAAAUCAUGAAAAACCAAGUUUUAAUCCAAAAACAAAUGGAAGGAAAAUCAGUAAGGGAAGCCAAAGCCCACUAUAAAAUUCAGCUGGAAAGAAAAUUAGAAGAAGAAUUUACCAGAAAUUGAACCAUAAAAGAGCAGCUGAAAAAGGAAAAAGAAGUGUCAGUUCAAAGAAGAAAAGAACAGUUAGAACAGAAGAAAUUAAAAGUUAGAAAUCAGCUAAACAACCGAAUGGAGAAUGAAAGCAAAAUAAGAGAACUAAAAGAAGGAGAAAUUGCCAGAAUGGAACAAGAAGAACUCGAGCUCAUACAAAGGCUCCAAAAUACACAGUUUCUGCAGAGAUCAGCUUAUGAAGAUUUAGAAAACGCACUUAAUGGAGGCAACAAGAUGUAUUCAAGAUAA